CGCCGACCUCAAGCCGCACCAGCUCGACGGCGUCGACUGGCUCAUCCGCCGCUACCACCUCGGCGUCAACGUCCUGCUCGGCGAUGAGAUGGGACUGGGGAAGACCCUGCAAGCGAUUUCUCUUUUGAGCUACCUGAAGAUCAAAUCCAUUGCGCCGGGACCGUUUCUGGUGUUAUGCCCUCUGAGUGUGACAGAUGGCUGGCUCUCGGAAUUCGGUAAAUUCUGCCCUUCCUUGAAGGUCAUCCAGUAUGUCGGCGAUAAGGUGCAUCGUCGUAAUCUACGGAGAACUAUGCAUGAAGAUGUCCAGAAAUCUUCAGUGUCGUCUGGUUCAAAUGUAUUACCAUUUGAUGUGAUGCUGACGAGCUAUGACAUAGCCUUGAUGGAUCAGGACUUUCUUUCGCAAAUUCCAUGGCUCUAUGUGGUUAUUGAUGAGGCCCAGCGUCUGAAAAAUCCAUCCACUGUAUUGUAUAAUGUCCUUGAAGAACGUUUUAUCAUGCCAAGGCGUCUACUACUGACAGGCACUCCUAUCCAGAACAACCUUUCUGAACUAUGGGCGUUGAUGCACUUCUGCAUGCCUUCAAUUUUUGGGUCGCUCGAUGAAUUCCUGUCUACUUUCAAGGAAGCUGGGAAUUUGCUACUAGGUAGUCAAGCUAAUAAAGCAAACAGACAAUGCAAGAUCCUUAAACAUAUACUCAGAGCAUUUAUGCUGCGACGAACAAAAGCUUUACUAAUUAAGGGCGGAAUUCUUGAGUUGCCUCCAUUAACCGAGCUGACAGUGAUGGUACCUUUGACACCCGUCCAGAAGAAGAUAUACUUAUCGGUGUUGAGAAAAGAGCUGCAAACACUUCUUUCAUUCACUGGUGGAUCUUCUCGUCACCAGUCUUUGCAAAACAUUGUAGUACAACUGCGAAAAGCUUGCAGUCAUCCAUAUCUAUUCAGUGGCAUUGAGCCUGAACCUUAUGAGGAGGGGGAGCAUUUAGUUCAGGCUAGUGGAAAGCUUCUUGUGCUAGAUCUUGUUCUCAAGAAGCUCCACAGGUUAGGUCAUCGUGUUCUGCUAUUUGCUCAGAUGACUCAGACACUGGACAUUCUGCAGGAUUUCCUAGAACUGCGUGAUUACACAUAUGAGCGCCUGGAUGGUUCAGUGCGUGCUGAGGAGCGGUUUACAGCAAUAAGAAAUUUCAGCUCUCAACCUACCAGAGGUGUUGUGGGAGAUGACAACAAUCCAAGUGGAGCUUUUGUGUUCAUGAUAUCAACUAGAGCAGGGGGUGUUGGGCUUAAUCUCAUUGGUGCUGACACUGUUAUUUUUUAUGAACAAGACUGGAAUCCUCAAGCUGACAAACAGGCUUUGCAGCGUACUCACCGCAUCGGACAGUUGAAUCAUGUAUUAUCAAUAAAUUUGGUAUCACAGCGCACAAUUGAAGAGGUCAUCAUGCGAAGAGCAGAGAGAAAACUUAAGCUUAGCCACAAUAUUUUUGGAGAUGAGGAUACAACCGACCGGAAAGGGAAAGAUCUGGGAAAUGAAGCUAGUGACAUGCGUUCGAUUAUAUUUGGCUUACACCAAUUUGACCCCGCAGAUACAGCUGCAGAAACAAUCAAUGAGGAGACACUAGAAAAAUUGGAAUCAAUGUCAGAAAAUGUUAUCAAGAUGCGCACUCAUGAACCUUCAGAGAAGGAUGGCCGAGCAUUUGAAAUCAAUCCGAAUUCAACUGAUGGUAGCGGGGCCGUGAUUACUAGAGCUUAUGAUUCUAUUAAAAUUGAUCCUGGGGUUGACGAAGCUGCAUACCUCUCCUGGGUGGAGAAGUUUAAGGAGACUUCACAUUCUAUUGAAAAUGUCACAGUUGAACUAGAAAAGCAAAGAUCAGCACCUGAAGAAAAGCUCUUGAAACGUGAAGCUAAUAAGAAAAAAGCUGAAGAAAAGAGAUUAGCCAAGUGGAAAGAUUUGGGAUACGAGACAUUAGCGGUCAAAGAUCCUGAUAACAUACCAAAUCAGAUUAUUUCUGACUCAGGAUCCGUCCAACUUGUAUAUGGAGAUUGCACUGAUCCAUCAAAAAUUUGCGCUGCAAAGCCUGCCAUAAUAUUCAGUUGCGUAGAUAAUUCUGGGACAUGGGGACGUGGAGGAAUGUUUGAUGCUUUGACAGGUCUCUCGACACACAUUCCAGAUGCUUAUAAGCGUGCUUCUGAAUCUGACGAUCUUCACAUGGGGGAUCUUCACUUGAUUCAGCUAGAUGAAGACAACUGUAGCCGGACUUUGGUUGCACCUCUAUGGGUGGCACUAGCUGUUAUCCAGUCUUAUAGUCCGAAGCGUAAAAUUCCAAGAAGUGGAAUCUCAAUACCUGAUUUGGAGCUGUGUUUAUCAAAGGCGGCCUUCUCAGCUGCUCAGCGUUCUGCGAGUAUCCAUAUGCCCCGGAUCGGUCAGCAGAGUGGCUCCCAAAGAUCAGAGUGGUAUACCAUUGAACGCCUGCUCAGGAAAUACGCAUCACUUCAUGGCAUCGACAUUUUUGUGUACUACUUCAGGCGAUCACCCAAGCAACAGCCAGAUUCAGAUUAAUGCAUGUUCAUUUAAGGCACAACCUAGCUAUGUGUAGCUGUGUAGGGAAUAGGGAUAUACAUGCUGUAACCUGUCCAAGAAGAAUGAGAGACCGUAAUGUAACAUGUAACUUUUGCUUUUCCUGUAGCUGAACCAAAUGAACUUAGUACUGUUCUAUCAAACCGUAGAAUGAAUAGGUACCUCAAGAGGUGUCUUGUAUGUAUGUAUGAUGUGAGAAAUAUUUGAACUGUUAA